AUGGACACUUACAAUUCAAACAGUUUAGCACAACAAUCUGCAGAUGGAGAAAAUAUGAAACAAAGCCGUAUUUCACCAUCGAUCCCGUCAUCUGCCCAAUUUAGAAGUAAACACCAUGAUGAAGUGAUGAGUGCUGGAAUGAGAGUUAGACAAUCGAUUAAUGCCAGUUAUUUGUCUAAUUUAAACAAUUACACUUCUAAGAUAGUUCCAGGCUACAAGAGAGAAGAAUUACCAAAUAAUUUGAAGAACAAUCCACCUAUGAUAUCAAUGAAACAAAGAACAACUUCAUCGUUUUCUAAUUCUAAUUUGGAAACAUGGGACUUAUCAACCGUCUCUAGCAAAGAACAACAGACUCCAAAUAACGCAAUGACUUCUUUCGAUGAAGAUUCUAAACCAAAGAGAAGAAGAGAUGAGGAUGAAGAUGAAGAUGAUGAAGACAUGUAUUAG